AUUUUUUAAACGUACAAUUUUAGAUAUGGUAUAAGGCGCCGAGUAAGUUGAUCUGCGUGAAUGAAAUUUGCGCAUAUUUGGACGGGUUUAAUAACUACACCAGGGUAUAACCUCUGAAAGAUGUAGAGUAAUUAGGCAGAGAAGCUUACUUAACCUCAUUUGCUCUGCUUCAUAAUUAUCGGCCUGGGGGCAAUACUGAUACUUCAUCCUUACAAAAACAAUGUUUAUUAAGAACAGUCUAAGAUAUACAUGUUAUGAAUAAUUCCAUUCAUUAAUUCUCCCACAUCUCCGUUUGGAAAACAGAAUGAUUAAUUUAGGAGUCUCACAAGAAUUUCCGCGUGCUUGCCAGUUGAUUGCAGUGUUUAGAGUUUAUUUAUUGGCUAUGAACCAGGAAUUAGUUGCCGAUAUCUACAGGUCAAAAUAUAAAACAAAUAUCCUCUCUUUAUAAAAUAAAACAUUAUCGACAGCAAGGUGCGUUUUACAAAUGCAUCUGAUCAUGACUAGAAUUGAAAUGACAUUUGGCAGCUUCAUGAGUGUUGCAUUUUUGCACAAAAAGUGAUUUGUUAAAAAAACAUCAAUAUUCACAAAGCAAGACAAAACUGGAAAGAUGGAAAUGAUGGAUUCUUGUCUGAACCAUACUCUUUGCAAUUUUUUUAAGUUGUUGCUUAUAGUUUACACACAGCAAUGUGAACUUGUGGUGGGCUAAAAUGCUGCCUCUGGCGUUUGAAAAUGUACUGUGCCCUCCUACCGAUGUGAACGAAGAGAACAGCGCAAGUUGCCAGAGUGUUAAAGGCUCGUGAUUAAUUGCACAGGAGUGAAACACUUGUCAGCUCGUUGUGUUGUCCAAUAAAUUAGAGGCUCGUGAGACUUCACGCACUCAUUCAGGUGAGGAGCCUGCAUGCGCGCGGAUAUACGUAUUUUACCACGACUGCUCAUAUAUAUGUUUUUGCAACGGGAAAAGGACUAUUAUUUUCCUACGUGAGUUUUGCCAAGCAGUGCAACAAGACUCUAAGAGAACAAGUUUUCAUGCCUUGACGUGUGUUUUUUAGGACAGCACUUAAACGACAAUAGAGGCUAUACAGUCAUUUCAAUGGUCGGAAGGCAAGCGAUCCGUAUGGAUGCUAAUGGUUCUGUGACAGUUAUGGAUGACAGUCCCGCAUCCAGCCCUAACUCUAGCCCCAGUCCUGACACCCUCUCCGCGGAGAGCCGGAGCGCAGAGGCCCUGUCUCGCUCCAGGGUGGUCCCGUCCAGCGCCCUCGCUGCUAGAGGGCGACCCGCGGCAGCCAACGCGGCGCGUGAAAGGAGUCGCGUGCAGACCCUCAGACACGCUUUCCUCGAGCUACAGAGAACAUUACCGUCUGUGCCACCGGACACCAAACUCUCCAAACUCGACGUCUUGAUAUUGGCAACUACAUACAUAGCACAUUUAACGAGAACCUUGCAAGAAGAGGGCAUGGAAGAGGGGGACAACACGAAACAAAAUGAAGCUUUAAACUCUCUUAAAGGCGAUGGUUACUUACAUCCUGUGAAAAAAUGGCCAAUGCGUUCAAGAUUAUAUGUCGGUGCUACUGGCCAGUUCCUGGGUAACUCAAAUGAAAAUCAAGGGGCGUCUUCAUCGUCAUCAAAAACAUAAAUCUUUGCACAUGACUUUUUAAUAAAUGAAGGUUAAAGUUGGACUUUUGGAGAACCCCAAAACAGGAAUUUUGAUGCACAAAUUGUUCAGUUACAGUUUAUAAAAUUAAACAAGAUUGUGGUACGCAGAAAAAUACAAUUCUGGUUUCACAUUGAAAGGAGAAUUCUGUCAAUGAUUACAGUAAACAUUGCCAUAUUCAGACGAAUGGAUGUCCAUAUUAAUUUAAUUAUUCAAAUGUAAAUAAGAUUAAAAUAUUAAACAAAUUGUGUUUUUUCCUGACUAAAAAAAAUAGGUCAGGAUCUUUGUUUAGACUGUUCUCUGCAGUUCUGUACUUGUUGGUUGUACAUUGUACUCAGAAAUUCCGUGUGUUGCGUUAAUGAGCUGUCAUGCUUGAACUGUUGGCUAUGCACUUUCUGUUACAACAUUUGCACUAAAGGCAUGUGUGAAUAACUUAACAUUCGUCAUGUGAAGUGGUCUGUCAGAAUCACAACAAAAUAUCAUGAUCCCUUUUCUUUGGUCUUCCUUUUUUCACGUGAAUGGUUGUGUAAAUGUGGAAUGGACAAAAUAAAUAAAAAGAUUCCUAAAAUUUCAA